AUGUUGAAUAUUGGCUCGGGGCAACGCCAGCGGCAGCAGCAUAUGCAGCAUCAGCAGACAAACGACUCACUUGAGUGGCUUGCACUUGUGCCUGAGCAGCUUGUGCGGCAUACAUUGAGGCCGCAUUUGUAGAUUGGUUCCCAUAUCCGUAAGAAGCCGCAACAGAGUUAUAGGUAGCGUAUGGAUUGGUUGUUGACGACCCGAACACGCUGCUUGACUGCUGUUGAGCUUGAGAAGCAGCUUGACCAACACCUAAAUUUCCAUAAACUGCUGCAGCUGCAGCGGCCGCUGUAUAGGCAGAUCCAUAGUUCCUGA